GUGAGUUGGUGAGUGAGUGAAUUGGUGAGUGAGUUUGUGAGUGAGUUGGUGAGUUGGUGAGUGAUCGAUGAGCGACGCGUUCGAGGAUGACUUCCUGAGGCUUCUGUUCGGAGAAUCGACUCGACCCACAACUCCAUCAGAGCUGGCAUGUAGCGCUUUCUGCCACGGUGAUGGCACCGGCUUCCUCGGCAACAGCCCGGGCCGUGCCGGCGACGGCGCCGUCUUCGCGCCCUUUGACCCGCCGCCGCUGUCGGCAGCAGCCGCGGCCGCCUCCGUGCAGCAGCAGCAGCAGCAGCAUCAUCAGCAGCAGCAACAGCAGCAGCAGCAUCAUCAGCAGCAGCAACAGUGA